UUCUAUAUAAGUUUGCAUCGAUUUUUCUAAAUAAACUAGCGUGUGACUCUUUCCCCUUUUUUCUUUUUUUUUUUUCUUUCUCUUAGAAAAUGGUUUCUGCUAUACAUAAUCAUCAAGAUUGGCAAUGCAAAGCAGAAUAUGAAUUAUAUACACAUGCGUUAGAAAAGCCAGCUAAUGACGAGCGUGAAUAUCGGUUAAUCAAACUUGCUAAUCAACUCGAAGUGCUGCUUAUUAGUGAUCCGGAAACGGAUCGUGCUAGUGCUGCACUUGAUGUUCAUGUCGGCAGUCUCAGUGAUCCGGAAAACUUGCAAGGUUUAGCUCAUUUUUGUGAACAUUUACUGUUUAUGGGUACCAAGAAAUACCCCAAAGAAAACGAUUAUUACAGCUAUCUUUCUGAGCAUUCUGGUCAUGCAAAUGCGUUUACCGGAACUGAAAAUACAAAUUAUUUUUUCGAAGUCGGUCAUCAAUUUCUGGAAGGAGCAUUGGAUCGUUUUUCUCAUUUUUUUAUUGACCCGUUGUUUUCAGAGAGUUGUACAGAGAGAGAGUUAAGAGCAGUAGAUUCCGAGCAUAAAAAGAACUUGCAGUCGGAUUGUUGGCGCGUUGCCCAAGUCGAGAAAUGUCUUUCCAACCCGGAUCAUCCUUGGCAUUUAUUCGAAACCGGUAACUUGGAAACACUCAUGGAAAAUCCCAAAAAGCUGGGUCUCGAUAUUCGUACAGAGUUACUCAAAUUUCACGAUAACAAUUACUCUGCCAACAUUAUGAAAUUGACCGUUAUUGGCCAAGAAUCGUUGGACCAAUUGACCCAUUGGGUUGUUGAAAAAUUCUCAAGUGUGACCAAUAAGAAUAUUCCUGUGCCUUCUUUUAAAGGUCAUCCUCUUACAAAAGAUCAAGUCAUGAAGCAAAUCUUUAUCAAAUCCGUUAAAAAGACACGUACGCUGGACAUUACCUUUCCUUUCCCGGAUCAAUCUGCCUUUUACGAGAGUCAGCCCGCUCAUUAUAUAUCUCAUUUAACAGGCCAUGAAGGGCCUGGUUCAGUCUUGUCCUUCCUCAAAAAGAAGAACUGGGCCACCUAUUUAAGCUCGGGUAUGUGCUUUGGUGGCAUUGGCUUCGGCUUUUUCCAUAUCAGUGUGGAUUUAACCGAACAGGGAAUCGCUCAUUAUCAAGAUGUAGUGGUUGCCAUUUUCCAAUAUAUCGAAAUGAUCAAGGCAACAGGUGUCAAAAAAUGGAUUUACGAUGAAAUCAAAUCCUUGGCAGAAAUUGAAUUUAAAUUCUCAGAGAAAUGUACACCUUCGCAAUACACGUCCUUCUUAUCACAACAGAUGCAAGAAAAUUUACCUCCACAAAUGACCAUCAGUGGUAGUCAAUUACUCCGCAAUUAUGACCCCAAAUUAAUCAAUCAGCAUUUGGAUUUGUUAAGACCGGAUAAUUUUAGAUUGACUUUGGCUGCACAAGAGUUCCCCAACGGUGUUCAGUGCACCAAGGUCGAAAAAUGGUACUCCACUGAAUAUGAAGAUAUGCCUCUUGAACCUGAAUUCAUUUCCAGAUUGUCGGAUAUCACACUCAACGAGGAGUUCACUUUACCUGCCAUUAAUGAAUUCUUACCUUCUAAACUCGAUGUGAAUAAAUUCCAUGUGGAUACAAAGAAAACUGAACCUGAAUUAAUCAAAGAUACAGAACUUUCCCGUGUUUGGUACAAGCAAGAUGAUACCUUUUGGGUGCCCAAGACCAACCUGUGGGUCCUCUUUAAAAACCCAUUGCUUCAUGCUACACCUCGUAACGGAGUCAUGUUAGAGUUAUAUAUGAGUUUGUUAACAGAUUCUCUUUCCGAGUACUCGUAUAAUGCUGAAGUAGCGGGUCUGAACUAUUAUUUAAAUCAAGACACCAAAGGAAUCACUUUACAUGUGGGCGGCUACAGCGAUAAAUUACCUUUAUUACUGGAAAAGGUCAUUGAUAAAAUGAAGCACUUGCGUAUUGAACAAAGUCGAUUCGAUAUAUUCAAGGAUGAAUUGACACGAAGUUAUGAAAAUUUCUUUUUGGAAGCUCCCUAUCAACAUUCCGCCUAUUACCUGAACGAUAUUAUGUGUGAAAAACGAUGGAACUGUGAUGAUUAUCUUUUGGAGAUUAAGGAUAUGACGAUGGAAGAAGUACAAGCAUUUAUUCCUAUUGCUAUCAGUAGUUUACAUAUUGAAGGUUUCGUGCAUGGUGCUUUAGAAAAGAGUUCGGUCCUCGAGAUGUUUAGCAUGGUUGAAACCAUCUUACAACCACGUCCACUUCAACCCAGUCAGUUCAUUGGUGAACGGUCCUUUAUUUUACCCACUGGCAAGAAAUUCAUCUAUCAGUUGCCUGUACGCGAUGCCGACGAUGUCAACUCUGCCAUCAAUUACAAUACUCAUGUAUGCCACGUCAAAGAUUUGGGCCUUCGAAAUCGAUUAUCCAUGGUGGCCCAAAUUGCACAAGAACCUUGUUUCAACCAACUUCGGACAAGAGAGCAACUGGGCUAUUUGGUAUUUAGUGGUGUUCGUGGUCAGUUAGGUCAGUUGUCAUUCAGACUCAUUGUACAAAGUGAACGUGAUCCUACCUAUUUGGAAAAUCGUGUAUUGGAAUUCCUUGAAUCCUUGAGAGAGAUUUUAGCCGAGAUGACUGAAAAGGAAUAUCAAGCGCAGGUGGAUUCUUUGAUUGCAGAUACAUUGGAAAAAUACAAGAAUUUGUAUGAGGAGAGCUCAAAGUAUUGGGCUGAUAUUGAAUCUGGAUAUUAUGAAUUUGAUGAUAAUGUCAAAGAUGUGGAAGAGGUAAAGACUAUUACCAAGGAAUCCUUGUUGGCGUUCUAUGAUGCGCUCAUUAUGCCGAAUUCUCCUCAAGCAAGUACUAUUUCAGUCCAUGUCCAAUCUCAAAAGAAGCCCUCCACUAACAAGGAAGAGAAAGUCAGCAGAAACAUCAAUGAUGAUGACGAUGAUGAUGAAGAGGAAGAGGAGGAAGAAGACCGUUACACUGUAGACCAAUUGUAUCCUGUCUUGACGUACCUUAAAUUGAUUGAGAAGAAGACCUUUUCAGAAGAUGAUUUGAAGGAAAAGAUUACAGAAAAUGGUGGUGAUUCCAGUGUGCAGACGGAAGCAGGACUUGUAGAAUUCCUCUUGAAAAAAAUCAAGUUGGAUCAAAAGGAUGCGGAACAAGUCGUGGUUAAGAUGAAUCAAGGACCUAGUGGACUUUCCAGUCGUGAUCAUACACAACUUCCUGAGAACUGCAUCGUCAUCAAAGAUUUAUUUAAAUUUAAGCGCAGAAUGACUUUAUCUGUUGCUGCUGUACCAUUUUACUCAUUUUAAUCUUCUUUUCCUUCAUUGUACAUAAUAAAGUUAUUUCUUUUUUAUAAA